AAGAGGAAGAAGCUGUCUGCAAAUUUUGUCACCUUGAGAGCCGAGAACGAACAAAUCUAUCGAUAACGGAGGUGAUAUUUAUCUGGGAGAAAGUAUGUCAUCUGUAAGGUCAGCGGUCUCCACGGCCUUGUACAAAUGUCUACAAAGGCAUGAUUUCCACAGACAACCCUUUGUCAUUGCAACAACUGCCCUUCAUACAUCCAGUGUCAACAAUGCAGCAAAAACAAAGACCGGUAAAUCUUCAAAAGAACUUGUUAAUCAUUCACGUGUCAGGGGUGUUGACAUCAUCAGAAACCCCAGGAUGAAUAAGGGCCAGGCAUUUACUCUCAGAGAGAGACAGCUGAUGGGCAUCCAUGGCCUCCUCACUCCCUGCAUUAUAUCACAAGAUCAACAAGCUUACAGAGUCAUGCAGAACUUUUACAAACGUCCCUCGGACCUGGACCGUUAUGUUUACCUAGUCGCAUUGCAGGACAGAAAUGAGAAGCUGUUCUACAGAGUACUAGUGGAACAUGUGGAGGAGAUGAUGCCCAUUGUUUACACACCCACAGUGGGACUGGCUUGUCAACAGUAUGGCCUGAUUUUCAGGAGACCCAGGGGACUUUUCAUAUCCAUCAAUGAUGCAGGAAAUAUUUAUGAGAUGCUAUGUAACUGGCCAGAAAGUGAUAUACGGGCUAUAGUAGUGACGGAUGGUGAAAGGAUCCUGGGUCUGGGUGACCUAGGCUCGUACGGUAUGGGGAUUCCUGUGGGUAAGCUGGCCCUGUACACUGCCCUUGGGGGUAUCUCACCUCAUCAGUGUCUACCCAUACUCCUAGAUGUGGGUACAAACAAUGAGAAAAUAAGGGAUGACCCAUUGUAUAUUGGGUUACCACAAGAGCGAGUCAGGGGUCAGAAGUAUGAUGAUUUUAUAGAUGAGUUCAUGGAAGCAGUUGUAAGGCGGUUUGGCCAACACACACUUAUACAGUUUGAAGACUUUGGCAAUCAGAAUGCUUUCAGAUUUUUGGAGAAGUACAGAGAUAGGUACUGCACAUUCAAUGAUGACAUACAAGGUACUGCUGCUGUGGCUGCAGCUGGGGUCUUUGCUUCACUGCGCAUCACUGGGAAGAAGCUAUCAGAUAAUGUGUUCCUUUUCCAAGGUGCAGGGGAGGCCUCUAUAGGUAUAGCAAGUCUGCUGGCCUUAGCCAUGGAGGAGGAAGGGACCCCAAAAGAAGAAGCCCUCAGUAAGAUCUGGAUGGUGGACUCCAGAGGGUUGAUCACCAAGAAUCGACCUUCUGGCGGGAUCUCGCAUCAUAAAGCACCCUUCGCUAAAGACUUCAAAGACAUUAAGGCUCUAGGGGACAUAGUCCGGGAAAUUAAACCAACUGCUCUUAUCGGGGCGGCCGCUGUUCCAGGCGUGUUCACUGAGGAAAUCAUCCGAGACAUGGCCUCCUUCAAUGACAGACCAAUCAUCUUCUCCCUGAGCAAUCCUACCAGUAUGUCUGAGUGCACAGCAGAAGAGGCCUACAAAUUUUCAGACGGACGUUGUGUGUUUGCCAGUGGCAGCCCAUUCAACCCAGUUGAGUAUAACGGGAAGACAUAUUAUCCAGGACAGGGAAAUAACUCCUACAUCUUCCCAGGGGUGGCUUUAGGAGUGAUUCUCUUCAAGGCUAAUCAUAUUCCGGAGAAGAUUUUCUUACGCUCUGCACAGGCCCUUGCUGAGUUGGUGACAGAUGCAGACUUGCAGGAGGGCCGUGUGUACCCACCUCUGAGUAAGAUCGGAGAAGUCUCCGUACAGAUUGCCACAAAGAUUGCAGAGGAGGUGUAUGAAGGCAAGCUGUCCUCUCUGUAUCCAGAGCCAGAGAACAAGGAUGAAUUUAUCCGCUCGAGAUUGUACAGCACAGCGUAUGAGAGUUUUGAACCCGCAACCUGGGACUGGCCCACUAAGUAAAUAGAGUAAAUAGUUUUCUUGUAUCAGCACGAAAUCAUUGUUGUCAGAAAGAGAAUUUUUACAGCUCCCAUAAUGUAGAUGGGGAAAACUAUUUAUGAGAUGGGAUGUGGUAACAAAGGAAGAAAGCUGUUUUACGUUUUGGAUGAACUGAUAAUUGUGACCAGUCGUAAUCCAUUUCCCGUAACAUUUCCAGGUGUUUAUAUCAUGAUGGUAGAUAUUUUUAAUAAUUGUUAGUGAAUAUUUUUAAACUAUGAUUUACCCUUGUUUUAUCUUGUUUUAGGCUUUUGUUAAACAUCUGUACUAUUUGGCCAAAAUUAAAGUAUCAAGUGAGAAUAGAAUAGACCUUUCAUACGUUUCGUUAAUGCUCAACGUUUCGAUUGUUAGGAACAGAUGGUAUUACACCAUCAGAUCUUAAGUUUCGUCAAAAUUUCACUUCACUUAAAACUUAAAACUUGUUUUAUAUCAAAAUCAUUGCAGAGGUACAAAAUCAAAGUUGCUAAUGGUUUUUUGACUAUUCCAAAAUUUCAUAUGUUUAUAUAUGGGAUCGUUUUUUUCACGAUAGGGUGAUAGCUUUAAUGUCUAAGCAUAGGACG